CACGUACCAGAGCUGCCCAGUCGCGGAAGAGCAGCUGUUUUGGCGUCUGUUUGCUGGAGGAGGAACAUGGCGGAUCGGCUCACGCAGCUUCAAGACGCUGUGAAUUCGCUUGCAGAUCAGUUUUGUAAUGCCAUUGGAGUAUUGCAGCAAUGUGGUCCUCCUGCCUCUUUCAGUAAUAUUCAGACAGCAAUUAACAAAGACCAGCCUGCUAACCCUACAGAAGAGUAUGCCCAGCUUUUUGCAGCACUGAUUGCCCGAACAGCAAAAGACAUUGAUGUUUUGAUAGAUUCCUUACCCAGUGAAGAAUCUACAGCUGCUUUACAGGCUGCUAGCUUAUAUAAGCUAGAAGAAGAAAACCAUGAAGCUGCUACAUGUCUGGAGGAUGUUGUUUAUCGAGGAGACAUGCUUCUGGAAAAGAUACAAAGCGCACUUGCUGAUAUUGCACAGUCACAACUGAAGACAAGAAGUGGUAGCCAUAGCCAGUCUCUUCCAGAUUCAUAGCACCAGUGGAUACUAUGUGGCUGAGAAAAGAACAAUUUGAGUGCCAUUAAUAAUUCUGCAUCAGACUUAGAUACAAGCCUUAUCAACAAUUACAGAAACAUUAAACACUAUGACACGUUACCUUUUUAACUAUUUUUAAUAGUCUUCUAUUUUCACUCUUGAUAAAUAAGCUUAUAAAAUCAUGACUGAACCAGCUUUAAACCAUCAUACUCAUUUUUUAACUGAGUGAAAUUAUUAUGGCAGGUAAUGCAUUAAUGAACAUAAUAUAAGGAAACAUAUGUAAAAUUCUAUUAUGACUUAAUUUAUGUCUUUAUUUUGUUGUAUUGGCCAGUACUUUUGCAAAUCAAAACAUCUCUCAAGCCAGAGGAGAAGACAGUAAGAACAGACAUAAGGAACAUUUUAGUUUAGGCUAGUGUCCUGCCUCUUAGAGGUGGCAUUGUGUAAAUCUGAGCUUUGAACAAGAAAGUUUUGGAAAUUGUAUUGCUCUUAAGAAAUAGAGUUAGUGUGGCUGGAUAAGAAAGUCACAUUUAUGCAAAUGUUUCCUCUUCCAGAACCUCAUACCUGUUCUAGUUCAUCUCCAUGUUUAUUUUACCAAGAAAUUUCUCUGUCAAGAGAAUUUCCUUGCUGUUGUGAAAAAAUUUUUCUACAGCCUGAACUAUUUUUCCUAUUUCUUUUCACCUUGCUUUUUUUCAUCCUUCUCCUUAAUUUGCUUGUCAUCACAAUGAAGUAUGUUUUUUGAAUCAAUUCUUUCUCAUUCUGUUCAUUUAUCUGAAGGUUCUGUCUUUUACCCUUAUUAACCUCUCAACUUUUAUUGCUGUAUUCUAGUCAGACCAGAACAUAACUUCCACAACAUCAGUUACUUGGCACCAUUUCACCUCAGUUUAUUAUUGCCAAAUAAUACUUUGUGUCAGCAUUUUCAACUAUGGUUACUCAUCCAUCCCUUGGAUGUCUUUGAGUCUACUGAUUAUCUCCACUGGAAAGGUGGAAUUGAAAUGUGGUCCACAUUUUAACUGGCCAUCUCCUGGGGCUGUAUUUUUCAGAAUAUCCUGAGCUAUAUUUGCUGCAAUCUGUUGCUAUUCAGAGUUUAAGUUUCAGGAGAAAACAAAAACAAUAGAACACUCUGCCUGUUAUUUUUGUGGUAAUCAAACUUGUCCACAGUUCUUGAAAAGUACUAUGUUUCAAAUUUCAGGAACACCAGCAUUAGCUGUAAAAGUGGCAGCAAUUUAUUGGCUAGUCAUAGACAUUUUUUGAACUUCUAACUGUGUAUUUUCAUUGAUGUUUAUUAAAAACACUUUGCUGUCACAGACAUUUGGCAUAAAUCUGUACUCUUCAUUAUAGUUUUGGGGGGAGAGAAGAUUUGAUCAGAAAACUUUUUCAAAGUACCUAAGUGUUAUAAAGGAGUCAAAAAGGUACAAAUAAAAAGAAAAGGUCAAGACAUUUUUCAAAUGAAGGAGAACUAACAGGAUUUAUCACUAGUAAACCUGCUGUAAAAGAAUUGUCAAGGGAAGUUUUUUUCUAAAAAAAAUUCUAAAAAAAAAGCUGCUAAAAAGAUUUCCCUUCUUUCUAGAAGGGAAAUUAUAGCAGAAGGAAACUUAGAAUGGCGGGAAUAAAGAAGGCACAAUGUAUAGGGUAAAUAUAACAGACUUCUCUUGAGGUUUUAAAAAUUACAUUUGUUAAUUGAAAGAAAAAAAUUAACAUUGUUUUAUGUGAUUCUCUGUAGAGCAUAUACAGUUUUGUUUUUUUAAGUUGAAGUCUCUGUCACCCAAGCUGAAGUGCAGUGCUGUGAUCAUGACUCACUGCAGCUUCAGCCUAGGUUCAGGUGAUUCACCCACUUCAGCCUCUUCAGUAACUGGGACUACAGGCGUGUACUACCACGUCCAGCUAAUUUUUUUCUUUCUUUCUUUCUUUUUUUUUUUUUAAGAGAUGGGGUCUCACUCUGUUGCCCAGGCUAAUGUCAAACUCCUGACCUCAAGAUAUUGAUACUAUACAGUAGACUGUAAGAAAUUAAGUAUUUGUAUCAUCCCUAGAGCAACACAGAUUUUUCGCUAAAAACCUACACAGAUUAUUUUCAAAAGCAUCAGUACAUUAAGGUGGAAUACUAAAAAAGAUUCAGGUAACCCAGGAACAAGAAACAGAAUAAAACAAUAGUAAACCUAAAUUUUAUUUUAUUUCAUUAAUACAGCAAUAAUUAAAUGUCAAUGAUCUAAGCUGAUUUAAAUCUAAAAACUGUAUAAGAAGCUGUGGCUUGUAAUUAAAGAUAGAAAUUUAUUCACUA